ACAAGGGAAGUAUUGAAAGAAACGGUGCAAAGAUUACUUCAUUCCAACCAGCCCAUGACCUAUGAAACUGUUGUGCAGGAAUUGUUUGAUGAACAUGCACAGGGCAUUGUUUGGCGAAUCAUAAAUAAACUAGUUUCAGUCCAAGAUUAUUUGAGAGAUAACAUUACACAAGAUGAUAUUGUACCCGCUGUGUCUAUCUUCUUUACUGUACUAUUUAUAGUGGCUGGAGGAUAUGUUAUGUCAUACUUAGUGAAACUGGAGGAGGAGAGAAUUUCUGGCACGCAGAAUACCUUUGUGGACCAGAAUGGUAAAAUCACUCCUAUACCUCAGCUCCGUAUCCAUGAACUGCGCGGGGAAACUUACAAUGGUCUUAUUCGCUUGUUGAAGCCAGGCUGUAGAACCAUUGUGGUCCUGUGUGACCCAAAGACUAAGCCCAAACUGAUGCCAAAAUUCCACAAAGCCUGUUGGCCGUACAGGAAGUAACAAAACUCUCCUGUUUGCCUUCCUGCCCCUUGCGCGCGCCUCCC